GUUCUUUGUGCCUUCCGCUCGUGCUGCCCGCGUUGUUUUGCGCAGCCAUGAAACCUAUUUUGUUGCAAGGCCAUGAGAGGUCAAUUACUCAGAUCAAGUAUAAUCGGGAAGGCGAUUUGCUCUUCACAGUAGCAAAAGAUCCGAUUGUUAAUGUUUGGUACUCUGUCAAUGGUGAGAGACUUGGCACAUACACUGGCCACACUGGUGCAGUCUGGUGUGUGGAUGCUGAUUGGGACACCAAACAUGUCUUGACCGGCUCAGCAGACAACUCUUGUCGGCUCUGGGACUGUGAGACAGGAAAGCAACUUGCUUUAGUCAAUACCAACUCCGCUGUGAGGACAUGUGGCUUUGACUUUGGAGGGAAUAUCAUCAUGUUUUCCACAGAUAAGCAAAUGGGCUACCAAUGUUUUGUGAGCUUCUUCGACCUUCGAGACUCCAGCCAGCUUGAGGACAAUGAACCAUACAUGAAGAUCCCCUGCAGCGAGUCCAAAAUUACCAGUGCGGUUUGGGGUCCCCUUGGAGAAUUCAUCAUUGUUGGGCAUGAGAAUGGGGAGUUGAACCAGUUCAGUGCAAAGUCAGGAGAGGUCCUCAUGAACAUGAAAGAGCAUACAAAACAGAUCAAUGACAUCCAGACUUCCAGAGACGUGACAAUGUUCGUCACUGCCUCCAAGGAUAACACUGCCAAGCUCUUUGAUUCCACAAAUCUUGACCACCUAAAGACUUUCCGAACAGAACGGCCGGUGAACUCCGCAGCGCUUUCCCCCAUCUUUGACCACGUGGUGUUGGGCGGUGGACAGGAAGCCAUGGAUGUGACAACCACCUCCACCAGAAUUGGAAAGUUUGAGGCCAGGUUUUUCCACCUGGGCGUUGAGGAAGAAUUUGGAAGAAUCAAAGGCCAUUUUGGGCCAAUUAACAGCGUCGCUUUCCACCCUGAUGGGAAGAGUUACAGCAGUGGCGGAGAGGAUGGCUACGUCCGCAUCCAUUACUUUGACCCCCAAUACUUUGAAUUUGAGUUUGAAGCUUGAGUGCUCCUUCCUUGUCCUCCGAUGCUUCGUUGGUCUUUGCAGUUCCAUCAGGACGGAGAUCUUGCUUGUCUUGAGCAAUGCUUAAGGGCAAGAAGCAAAAGGUGAUCUGCUGGAGCUGCUGGUUCUCUGUGGGAGAAUCUCUUUACUUGUACAUUCUUGGAACAGCUCCAGUUGUCAUAUUUAUAACAUGAGACAGAGAUAAUAAAUUCUUCCUUUACAAAAAUGAAAA